GCAACAAUGACUACUACUGCCUUCCGAAUUCUCGAUUUGCCCAAAAAGGCUCGUUUGAACGCUUUUCAAACUACGGAAUACGUCAACUUAAUCGCCAUUUCUUUCUGCUCACAACGGUCGAAGAGCAUAGUUGAAUCAGCAAAGUUGUUGCACGCCAUCGAGUUUAUAAUCAUUCUCAGCACACAUAUCAGAAUUUCUAUGAAUUUCAUCAACUCUUUUCAAGUAUAUUUUUACUUGAAUAUCGAUGCUCUCCAAUCAACCUGUCGGAACUCAAAAGUACCAUCGAAGCUGGGGAUUCCCAACCGUGUUGAGAUAAUUUUUGAUAAAUUAACUGAAGAAUUAACUGAGACUGCUUACUCGAAAUACGAUUUUGAAUGGGAGAGGCCAGGUUUGGAGAUUGUACAUUAUGUGGAGCAUCUUCUAGAUGUGAGCAACUGCGACAGAAUCGACAAGGUUAUUUGUGACACUGAAGCCUACCCAAUUGAUUUCAGUGACCUUACAAAAGUUUUCGGUGGAUUGAAGGUUAGAAAAUUUAAAUUCAAUAACUGGUAUGAGCGCGAGUACCCGGAUGAAGAAGCCAGACGCCGCAAAGCCAGCUCUGAUAAACAGGUUUUCGAAGCAAUCAUGCCCUUUUUAAAUGUACUAGAGGUUCAAAGAUAUAGCAUGAAAAACUCUCUUCCAUUGGCGUUCAUCCAGAACUUGGAUAUAUUCAAGUCACAUUUCCUUGCUCAUCAAUAUCAACUAAAUGAUAUAUUGAUAAUGAACAGUGAGCAUCUACAUCUAUCCAGUGAUUUAAAGGUUUUAUCAAUGAAGGACCUAAACUUGUUCUUGAAAUGCUGGAUGAAAGGAUCAAAUAGAAAACUGGAGUAUCUGACUGUUUAUGGCAGACACGGUGAUGGUUCCAAUGUUGAAGAUGUCUUGAGUGGGAUCAAUCACUUGGAGAUUCCCAAAACCCGGAGCAUUUGUUUGCAUCUAACCAGAAAUCUUGGUAACAUUAUUACUCUACCAGGAGCCUCUGCUGUACAACAUAAAAUUCACAAUAUAAGAAGGAUCGAUGAUGGAGCUGUGGCGACUGUAGAAAUUUAUAUUAUGACUGGACAAAGAAGUUUUAGCAUGAAAGUUUGGAAUGAGGUGGAUUUCGAGAACAAUAAAUUUUUGGAUUAGCGAACCUACAAUAUUACUUCUGACAUACUGAUUUUAUAAGAAUAAAUGUUGUAAACCUCGAAAAUCUACUUGGAUUCAAAUUUUUUCAAUAAAGCU